AUGGAUGAUACAGUACGUUUAUUGAUACGUUUUGUAUCAAGAGGAUUCUAUGGGAAACCUUAUGUGUUGAUCUUGGAUGCUAUAUUAUUACACUCUGUGCUCUCAGAAGACGAUUUAUCACAUCUUUUAGGGAUUCAAAGGAAAGAAUUAAGAGCAUUGUGUAAUAAAUUGGUUGAUGAUCGUUUAUUAACUAUGCAUGUUCAAAAAGAAGAAGGACCACAAUUUAGACCUAUUUCAAGAACCUAUUUUUAUAUACAUCACACAGAGGCUAUUGAUUCUAUUAAAUGGAAAAUACAUUCAGUGGUCCAGGGGAUUAAAGAUGAAAUGCAUGCUACAAAUACUCCUCAAGGUUAUAUUUGUCCAGUUUGUAAAACAAAAUAUUCACAAUUAGAUGCAAUUGCAUUAUUAAAUUAUGAAAAAAAUGAAUUUUUAUGUUCAUUAUGUAAUGAAGAGUUAAUUGAAGAUGAUUCUGGUAAAAUUGCAAAAGAAAAUCAAAUUAAAUAUUCAAAAUUAAUGGAUCAAUUAGAACCUGUUAUUAAUUAUUUGAAGAAAAUUGAUGAACAUCCAAUUGCUGAAAAUAAUUUCGAAACUUCUUUAUCAAGAGUUAUUCCUGUUCAAGCUACUUCAAAUGCUUCAUAUGCUGUUUCUAAUUUCAAAAGUAAGAAAAUGUUUAAUAGAGAUUCUUAUUUAAACAAUUCAAAUUCUAUGCGUGCAGGUUCAAGAUCUCAAGCUACAUUACAUGUUAAUAUUACUUCAACAAAAGAUGAUAAUUUACAAAAAGAAAAACAAGCUCUUGAAGCUGAAGAAAAGAAGAAACAAAAUGCAUUACCAACUUGGCAUGAAGAAAGUACCAUUGGUAAAGGUUUGGGUAAAUUUGAUAAAGAUGAUGAAGGUGAUAUAGAUAUAACAAAUGAUGAGAAUGCAGAAAAUAAAAAUGGUGAACAACAAGGACAAUCUACAGAUGAACAAAAUAAUGAUCCUACAACUAAUGUUAAAACUGAAGGUGUUGAUCCAACUGCUCCUUCACAAAUCGAUAAUGAUGUUACAUCAACCACAACUCAAGCAACACCUGCAGAGGCUGAAGAUAAAGAAGCACAAGAUGCAUUAGCUGCUUAUUAUGCACAAUUAGCUGCUAGAGAUAAUGAUGAUAAUGACGAUGAAGACGAAGAAGAAGAGGAUGAUGAUGAAGAAGAAGAAGAAUUUGAUGAUGUUCAAUUUGAAGAUAUUGGAAAUAGUCAAGAUCCAAAUGGUAAUGAUAAUGAAAAUACAACAAAUAAAGAUGCAAAAGCUGAAGAUCUGGUUGUUGAAGAACUAGAAUUUGGUGAAAGUGAUGAAGAAUAA